GUCAGCGCGUCUGGGUGCGGCAGACGCUGGGACUGCGAGACGGACGCGGUGGUCGGGCCGCGUGGGCUCACACGAGGCAGCUCGCGGCGUCCGGCCGCGCAGGUCUGCUCAGGAUGUCGUACAUGCUUCCGCAUCUGCACAAUGGCUGGCAAGUAGACCAGGCCAUCCUUUCCGAGGAGGACCGCGUGGUCGUCAUUCGUUUCGGACACGAUUGGGACCCCACUUGCAUGAAGAUGGACGAGGUUCUGUACAACAUCGCAGAAAAGGUUAAAAACUUCGCAGUUAUUUAUCUUGUGGACAUUACAGAAGUCCCCGACUUCAACAAGAUGUAUGAGCUGUACGACCCCUGUACUGUCAUGUUUUUCUUCAGAAACAAACACAUCAUGAUUGACUUGGGCACUGGCAACAACAACAAGAUCAACUGGGCCAUGGAGGACAAGCAAGAGAUGGUGGACAUCAUAGAGACCGUGUACCGUGGCGCCCGCAAAGGCCGGGGGCUGGUGGUGUCUCCCAAGGACUACUCUACAAAGUACAGAUACUGAGCACUGGGAGCCUCUCCAUGUAGAAAUACUCAGAUCUGCCCAGCAUUUCAAAGAGCCUGCAGUGGGACAUGGUUGUAGGGCUGGAGGGUC